AUGGCAUACCUUCCUACAUGGAGAUGGCUGACGCUCGCAGUUCGUCCGAGUCGCUCGUUUGGCCGGCCGUUCGCUCGUUGUCUCGCCGUGUCUAUCCUCCCCAUCGCUCUACCACACAAUGAGCAGCCCAGCGGUCCGCCGGUUCCAACAGGGCCGUUUAUCGACCCGGCGAAAGAGUCGCUGCCUCCCAGAGCCGUGCUCCUAGUAGCGCCCGUAACCACAUUCUUCAUCUUAGCGAUACUAUGUAUCGGCCUUCGACUGUGGGCGAAGCGCAUAAAGAAGAUCUCGCUUCGGUUUACUGACUACGCUAUCAUUGUUGCUGCCGUCUUUUCGGUGGGGUAUCUAUCUAUCUGCUGGCUAGUGGCUGAACAAGGCGGCGUUGGCUUCCCGCUUGUACGAGUGGCUCCUCCGCAGCGUACACUUACACAAAAGUCGCUCGUCAUAGCAUGGCUCCUGCAAGCGUGGGCCAAUACCUUCGUGAGGUUGUCCAUCCUCGACUUCAUCGCGCAAGAAGGUCGCCUUGACUGUGGUAUUCGGUCUUGUGUCUGCUUUGCUACAGCAUGGCGUACAUACAACGUGGUCCACUUCUCCACCCCAGAAGCAAGAUUAAAUUUCACCAUGACGGUCGUCGAAGAUGCCCUAUGGUCCGGACUCGAGAUCAACCUCGGCAUCAUCAACACGUAUCUCCCCGUCAUGCCCGCGGCGCUGCAGCGAAUCUUCAAGAUUCCUUUUCUCAGGCUCAUCUCCUUUUCAACAUGGCGCCCCGCUAGCGGCUCCGAAGCCUCAGGCUUAAGGCCGACGUGGAUGCGUCUCGGCAGCACCAAGGGCGACAAGAGCGGAAGCAUCUCCUGCAAGGUCGAGUACUCGGUAGAUAUCGAGGCAAACCCCAUGGGCCAUAUCCCGAUGGGGAACAUGGGCUCAACGACGAAGCUGGCCGAAAACCAGUGGCCGACGUAUAACUACACUGCUACAAAUCAGUAUCAUCCCAGCGGGAAGCCGCAAGGUCUCCCGGAGCAAUAUAUUCAAAAUCAAUAUCAUGCUCAAUAA